UCAGAUAUGGCCAGUUCUUCUCAAGCCUAUGAGAAUUAUGGAGUGGAUUGCCAGUAUCUCAAUUCUUAUAUCUCUGGCAACGGUAGCAUGAACAAACAAAAGCUUGUAGAGCUUCUCUCCGGGAGGAACCAGCAAGAACUAAAGCUUAUUCGCCAAACUUAUAAUGCUCUCUAUAACCAAGAUAUCCUCCAUGCUCUGUCUAACAUUCGAAGUAACGAUGCUUUUGCUAAUGUGGUAUAUCUUCGCAUGAGUGAACCACAAGACCGUGAUGCUGAGAUAGUUAGAGAGGCCCUGUUUGGAGGGAGGGUUAACCUCAACGUUCUCAUUGAGGUGGUGUGUACUCGUUCUUCUUCACAGCUCCAUUCAAUCAAACAAGCCUACCGUGUGCACUAUAAUUCUCAGAUUGAGCAGGAUAUAGCCCAGAAAAUCACUGGUAGCUUCAAAGAGAUUCUUCUUGCAGCUGUUAGAUCAAGCCAGAAGUAUGCUGGCAGGGUUGACAUGAGCAUGGCCAUGUGUGAUGCCAAGACAUUGUAUGAAGCAAUGGAAAGUGGGAGUUCUGUAGAUUGGAAGACCAUCAUGUCCCUUGUAGGUGAAAGAAACAAUGAACAAAUCAAAGCCAUACUUUUCUCCUACAAAGAGCUAUAUGGCCAUGAAUUCUCCAAGUUCCUCAAGUGCACCAAAUGUGGAAGGUUUGGAAAGGACCUUCGAAUCGUAAUCAGAGGCAUACAGUCCCCAGAAAAGUUCCUGGCGAAGCAAUUGAGAGCAGCGCUGCAGAGUGCUGUUGAUGCCCGGGAAGUCCUGAUUCGAAUCGUAGUUACACGAGUGGAAGUAGACAUCAGAGACACCAGCAAUGUCUUUGCAGCUAUAACUGGAUGGUCUGUGGGGAACCUUGUGAGAAGGGAAUUCAAAUCUGCAGGUGGUAGAAACACUAGUUCUAAUAAGGCAUAUGAUCAGUUGGUGGGAGAAUUCUUGUUGGGACUUCUUAAACAUUGUUAA